UUUAUAUUAAACCCUACUCUCUUUCUCCAAUUCCCAUUCUUUUUAUCAUUCUUUCUUUCUCUCUCGGGAUCUGAUAUCUACUUCCGGUAACCUAUUCCAGAGAAGAACUGUCAAAUCUUGUCCCCUCUUCUUUCAGGGACCCCCUUCUCUCCCUAGUCUUGUGUUGAAGUGUUCAAACUUCUGAUGAGAAGCAUACAGUAGCCAAAACACACAAAAUUUCGUUUCAGCUGAAUAAUCUUCUAUCUAGAGUUUCUUCAGGUUAUUAAUUAAUUACGAAGUCGAAAGUAUGAAUUCAUUUUCACACGUUCCUCCGGGUUUUAGAUUUCACCCAACAGACGAAGAACUUGUAGACUACUACCUGAGGAAAAAAGUUGCAUCCAAGAGAAUAGAAAUCGAUUUCAUAAAGGACAUUGAUCUUUACAAGAUUGAGCCAUGGGAUCUUCAAGAGUUGUGCAAAAUUGGACAUGAGGAGCAAAGUGACUGGUACUUCUUUAGCCAUAAAGACAAAAAGUAUCCCACAGGGACUCGAACCAACAGAGCAACUAAAGCAGGGUUUUGGAAAGCCACUGGAAGAGAUAAGGCUAUAUACUUGAGGCAUAGUCUUAUUGGUAUGAGAAAAACACUUGUAUUUUACAAAGGAAGAGCUCCAAAUGGACAAAAAUCUGAUUGGAUCAUGCAUGAAUACCGCUUAGAAACCGAUGAAAAUGGAACUCCUCAUGAAGAAGGCUGGGUUGUGUGUAGGGUUUUCAAGAAGAGAUUGGCUGCAGUGAGACGAAUGGGAGAUUACGACUCAUCGCCUUCACAUUGGUAUGACGACCAGCUCUCUUUUAUGGCAUCUGAGCUCGAGACAAACGGUCCACGGCGGAUUCUUUCCAAUCAUCAUCAUCAGCACCAUCAUCAGCACCAACAGCAUUUACCAUAUGGAUUCAAUGCAUCUGCUUACGCUCUCAAUAACCCUAACUUGCCAUGCAAGCAAGAGCUACAAUACAACCACCUGGUACAACAACAUCAUUUUCUUCAUGAAUCUCCUUUAUCAUUCCUCCAACUUCCUCAGCUUGAAAGCCCUAAGAUCCAACAAGAUAAUAGUAAUUGCAUCUCAAGCAACCACGAUAAUAACUCGAGCCGUAUUGCUAACUUGCAGCAGUCUAAUCUCGCGCAUGAGGAACAACUGAAUCAAGGGAAUCAGAUUUUCAGCUCUCCAUACAUGAAUAGCGGGAACGAGCAAGCGAUGGACCAGGUCACGGACUGGAGAGUUCUUGAUAAAUUCGUCGCUUCUCAGCUAAGCAACGAAGAGGCCGCCACAGCUUCUGCUUCUCAACAGAACAAUGCCAAUGACACAAGCAACAUGGAGUACCAAGUUGAUGAAGAAAAAGAUCAGGAAAGAGUUUCCGACAUGGGAGAAGAAUAUGCUGCUUCUACUUCUUCGAGUUGUCAGAUUGAUCUAUGGAAGUGAGCAGAAAUUAAUAUAUCAUAUAAAUGCAUAUAUCCACAUAUAUAUACGUACACUCGAACACUAAUUAAGUGUAGAUGAUGAUGACGGUACAUAAUUAUAUUUGCUUUGAUUGAUUCUUAAUUACUACAUUAUUGAACUUAUGUUAUAUGCAUAUAUACUUGUACUUGAUAAGAUUAACCAUAUAAAUUAUAAUCUAAAUGUAACUCCCAUAUGUUUUUUGAAAAAGAGACAAUUAUCUCUUCUUAUCAUUUUAGUUUUUAAAUAA